AAAAAAUCUGCUGAAAUUAUUCCCGCCCCCUACUUAACUAUUCACAACGUGCUGCUAGAAAAUGGCGGCUGUGCCUGCCAGCUAACGCAUGCACAACGGGACAAACAAUGCAGCAGCGUUUAACAAGGAGUCACGUGCUCAUUUUACCAGAAGCCCCACCUACCUCCUGUGAAAGGGAGAGGGCGCUGCGCACCAUUUUCUUUCCUUCCCACAGCGGGCGCCAUCUUGAGUACACCGAAGAAUACGAUAACAUCGCGCUUAUAUCACGAUAUAGUGCAAUUAAAACGGCGACGCUAGAAAAUUUACCUUUGCUGAUGUUGGCUGAACCACUAAACGGGAGAUCCACCGGAACCGAAAACGAAGCGUUUUCUCGCCGCUGUUGCAGAACAACCUUCCUACGAGCCCUUCUUCCCUCGGCUCCUCCAGCUCCGGCAUUCAAACGCGAACGCCGACCGCUCCGCCCACUUCUAGACCCACGAUCACGUGCCCAGCGUUAUGCAAAUGAGCAGCUUAUGGAAAAAUACUGCCGACUGACGAUUAGCAACGCCCCCAUUUUGCUGCCCUUUCAAGACGGCCUUUACGUUUAUGCGUUGAGAGCAUUUAAAUGUGAAGCAAAAUGGUCUGACGGGGUAGAAAGACCAUUCCUCCUGAAGAAGCGGUUCACCGCGAAACCGGUAGAGGUUCUUCUAGGACUCCCCCUCACAUCUGCUAUACCUCACGGCUCCUUCCGUUUUGCAAUAACAUCUUCUGUAUCUCUAUGUGGGGUUGUUAGUCCUAGCCUUGUUUUAUUUACGGAACAUUGUAUGUUGUUAUGUAUAAUAAAUGUAAUUUUUUAUUAUAUCGACUCAUGUUAUCAGUACCGAGAAAGUCCAUUGAUACACAUCUUUACUAGGUAAUAGUCUGUGUGAGUCUGUGGUACUAGCAGCCACUACCCCUCUAUUCCUGGUGUCCCUUUAUUUCCUAACUAAUUUCGGAUGAUGGUACAUCAACAAUUUUUCCCAUUAAACCAAUCUGAGGCUAUACUCAAACUCUU